UGAGCACACUGGCGGAAGGGGAAGGGGGGCAGGUGGCGGUGGGGAAGAUGGCGUACCAGAGCCUGCGGCUGGAGUAUUUACAGAUACCGCCGGUCAGCCGCGCCUACACCACCGCUUGCGUCCUCACCACCGCUGCUGUGCAGUUGGAAUUGAUUACACCUUUUCAGUUGUACUUCAAUCCUGAAUUAAUUUUUAAACACUUUCAAAUAUGGAGAUUAAUCACAAAUUUCUUAUUUUUUGGGCCAGUUGGAUUCAAUUUUUUAUUUAACAUGAUUUUUCUAUAUCGUUACUGUCGAAUGCUAGAAGAAGGCUCUUUCCGAGGUCGGACAGCAGAUUUUGUAUUUAUGUUCCUUUUUGGUGGAUUCUUAAUGACUCUUUUUGGUUUGUUUGUGAGCUUAGUUUUCUUGGGCCAGGCCUUUACAAUAAUGCUGGUCUACGUGUGGAGCCGAAGGAACCCAUAUGUUCGCAUGAACUUCUUUGGCCUUCUCAACUUCCAAGCCCCCUUUCUGCCCUGGGUGCUCAUGGGGUUUUCCUUAUUGUUGGGGAACUCAAUCAUUGUGGACCUCUUGGGUAUUGCAGUUGGGCACAUAUAUUUUUUCUUGGAAGAUGUAUUUCCCAGUCAGCCUGGUGGAAUAAGAAUUCUGAAAACACCGUCUAUUUUGAGGACUAUUUUUGAUACACCAGAUGAGGAUCCAAAUUACAAUCCACUACCUGAAGAACGGCCCGGAGGCUUUGCCUGGGGUGAGGGCCAGCGCCUUGGAGGUUAAAGCAUUCAUGUCAAUAAUGAGACCCAGCUGGAAGGACUCAGUGAACUACCUGUUGGGAUUCCUUUAUCCUCUGUUGCAAAAGUAUGCACACUUUUGACAGCUUGACAGAUUUGAACUCCAGAAGCACUUUACAGAAUGGUACAUUGACUAUUCCAGAAGAUAUUUCCAGCAUUUUACCAGUGGUUCCUCACUACACUGGUACUGAAAGUGUAACCUCUUGGAGCCAAAAAACUGGAGAAACAGUUAUUAUGCUGCCUCCUAACAAGUACAUGAAUACUUCUGAUGCCAUAAGGCAGGCCUCUUUCUUCCUCUUUCUGAUAGAUGAGGCCAUGGUGUAAUGGAAGUUUCAGAGAAGACAAAAUAAAACUGAAUUCCAUCUCUGUUUCACUGUAUUAAAGCUUUUGUGUGUGAUCUUUUAAAUUAUGUGUUCUAGCUCUCCUGUGUCAGUCUGAAUUCAGAGCAGUUUACAUGCCUGCUCUUUUUGUGUCUGUACAGCUUUUAACUGUAUUUCAUUUCAGGAUUGGAAAUAUAUGGCUGAUGUGUUGUGGCUUUGUACAUUUUGCUAAUUCAGAGUGCUAGCUUCAAUAGGAAUAUUUAUCUCUGUCCUUCAGAUAAUUUGUUCUCCAUCUUGGAAUUGAAAAACUUUGUUGUCAGACUAAAAGGAAAAAAGAAAAAGGAGGGCCGUUUCAUUAACAGGAGGAAUUCCACUGUAGAAAAACCAGCUAUAAGCAAAAAGUUAAUCUGUAUUUGUUAUGCCUGUUUUUCUCCAUUAGGAAAUACUGAAGUAAAGACUGGUAAUCGCUACAGUUUUGAAAAACCACCAGAAGAUAGAUAAAUAGGCAGCAAUUAGGCAUACAUUCCUCCUUGGUCUUUGGAUGGUUCAGAAUUUUCAUUUGCUUCAUGAAAAACUGAAAAUCUUUUCAGCGCCAACUAUCUGGUGUACCUUCCUCAUCAGAUAGAAAUUAAGGUCUACAAAAUUUGGCGCUUAAUGCCUAUUAUUUAAUAAUUACUGAUCCAAUAUAUUGUCUCCUUUGAUCUCAAGAGGUUAAUGCUUAACCAGAAUCUAGAAGAGUAAAAAAAGAACACCCCCCAAGAAAGAGAUGCUUUUAGUUCUUAUAAGCAGCAUAUAGGCACAAGAUCCUUUCCCCAAACUGGAUUGUCCUUAGUCAUUCAGUCUUGAAUUAAGGGUAGUUUUCCAUAGUGAGAUUUUCCACAGAAAAAUUGACAUUAGCUCAGAUUAGACAUAAAUACUCUGGGAAGUUUCAGAUUAUUUGUCAAAAAAUAUUUUAAUGUCUUUCUAAAUGAAAUAUGCAUAAGUAAUGGGAUUUAGAAUAUGUAUUUUACAUGUUGCUAGUAAGUAACUGAAUAUGAUUGUUGCAACUUUAUGGAACUUGGGUUAAUGGACUGCUCUUACUUCCCUGAUGGUUUAGAGAACCUUUUUAAUAUUUAAAUGCGUAUUAUAGAUUGUGUAAUUUUAUAGGAUUCUUAAAUUUGACCAUUUCUGUCUUGGUUCAAGAAAGCUUUUUCAGUGACUUACUCAUUUUGGUGUUUUUGUUAUAUUUUGUAUUCUGCUUUGCAGUACUAGAGACUAAGCCCAGGGCCUUAACACUAGUCUAUAUGUCCAGCCCUUUAAUUUUAAUGUUUAUUCUGAGACAGGGUCUUGCGGGCCAAAAUGCACUGCCUCAACCUCCCAGAGUGCUAAGAUUGCAAGGCAUGUACUAGCACAUCUGCCUACAGUUUGUUGUUUUGGUUUUUUUUUUUAAUGUUUUGGAGUAGAAUGGGGUUCUCUAGUGUUUUUUUUUUGUUGUUGUUCUUUUAGCAUUAAUUUUUUAGUUAGCCAGUCAAUAGAAUUCUUAUGGUAAAAUUUUAAUCCUAAAAUCUACACACUUUCACCCAUGUAGGGAAUGUCUGUACACAUGAAUGACAUAUAAUAGGAAAUACUUUUUGAUUGUGGAGCCUAAAGGUAGUCAAUUACAGCAUUUUGGUUUCCCUCAUUUUAUGCAGUGUAAAAUCCUACACUGUCCUGAUGGUUAUAGUUCAAAUCACUGACCUCUUCAUCCAGCCAGUCCCACUACCACCAUCCCUAGCCUUGUGUUGCUGAACAGGAUCUCUUACACAUAUUGGGCAUAAAGGAAAAUGCUUACUUUUUUCCCAAGUUACAUCCUGAACUUCAUUCUGCCAGAACACACUUCUUUUGCAUAAUGCAAAUCAACUGAAAACUAAGAUUUGAAAUAUACAAUGUCUCAAUUAAUCUUACAUAUAUACCAGUAUAAUUUGAAGGACUCCUGAAUUCUACCAGUAAUACAGAAAAGCACACCCCUGAUGAAGGCAUAGGUUUUUUGUUACAUAAAUACAGCAUAUGUUCAUUUUAAAAAUAAAUGGACUUAUAAAGUGCAUCUCCUAGGAGAUAUUUUUAUAUACAUUUUGGUGUGUAUGUUUUUUUAUAUCUAUAUAUAUUAGGGAUUUAUAUUUGUUUCUCUCCUAAAGUUGUUCUUUCUUCUGUCAUUCUUACAUAUCCUAAAAUUCCAUACUACUUGUCCAGUCUCUUGAAGCAAAGCACCCAUUUUUCUGCAUCUUGGUAAUGGAACCCUCACUUUGUCUCAGCCUCUACAAAUUAAGAAAUACUGGCACUACUGGCCAUGUGAAUAAUGGGCUUCCUAGAAUUGUCAUCUCUCCUGCCAGUGUUUUAUGUUGUGGCUAUAUUUUCCUUUUGCAGGUGAGUUCCAUCUGUGUUGUUACCCAAGAUCCCGCCAUUAUUUUCAAUGUGAAUUUGCAUUAAAACGAUUGAAUCUUG